CCGAGACCCUUCCGGCACGAGCGGCUGGAAAGGCACUUCCGGUGCCUGUUGCUAAGGCGCCGGCCGGCCGGCGGGCCGAGAGGGCGACAUUGGUGGCGUCGUCCUCUGCCCCCUUCCCCGGGGGCGAGAUGUCUGGGCUCAGCCACUUAGAGACGGAGGGCUGCCGUCACCUGCUCGGCCUGCUGGACGAUGACGAGAUCAUGGCCCUGUGCGACACCGUCACCAACCGCCUGGUGCAGCCUGUGGACCGCCAAGAUGCUAUUCAUGCAAUAUUAGUUUAUAGCCAAAAUGUAGAAGAACUUCUGAGGCGAAAAAAAGUCCACCGAGAAGUCAUAUUUAAGUAUUUGGCAAAACACGAUGUGAUUGUACCCCCAACUACUGAAAAGCACAAUCUUAUUCAGUAUGCAAAAGAUUAUUGGGAAAAACAGUCACCAAAAUUGAAGGAGACAGCAGAAUCAGAUACAAAGACAGAGGACAUCCAGCUCUUUGAACAGCAGGCAAAAGAAGAGCAAAACGCUGAAAAGGUUGAUUUCCGUCGCUUAGGAGAAGAAUUCUGCCACUGGUUCUUUGAACUUCUUAAUUCUCAGAAUCCUUUUCUGGGACCACCUCAAGAGGAAUGGGGCCCACAGCACUUCUGGCAUGAUGUCAAGCUUAGGUUUUAUUAUAGCACCUCAGAACAAAACGUGAUAGACUACCAAGGAGCAGAAAUUGUGAGCCUUCGUUUACUGUCAUUAGUGAAAGAGGAAUUUCUUUUUCUCAGUCCCAACCUCGAUUCUCAAGGACUAAAAUGUGCUUCUUCUCCUCAUGGAUUAGUUAUGGUUGGAGUUGCAGGGACUGUUCACAGAGGAAAUACUUGCUUGGGCAUAUUUGAACAAAUUUUUGGACUUAUCCGUAGCCCUUUUGUGGAAAAUACUUGGAAAAUCAAAUUUAUCAACCUGAGAAUUGUUGGAGGAAGUUCCCUUGCUCCUGGGACAUCCCUGAAACCAGCUGUCACAUUUGAACAGAGUGAUCUGGAGGCCUUUUAUAAUGUAAUCACUCUUUGUAAUAACCCCAGUAGUGGGACUGGAGACCAGGUUUUAUGUAGUGGAGAUGAGGCAUUGUUGAACAAAAGGGGACAGAAUUUGCCUAAUCCUCUAAAACCCUGAGCACUGUAUUGUCAUCCCAAAGUAGCUGCAGAAACUUCCCAGCACAACACUGAUCAUCUUUAAGUGACUGCAGAUGUGAGGAUUGACAUAUUUUAGCUGAAAUACAUUUUUGGACUGGAGACUAAUGUGAUUACUUGCCUAUUUCUACCCAAGUUAGAGCAAAUGUUCUGAGAACUUAUUGUGGUCCAGCAAAUAAAUCCCACUUUAGAUGUUGUAGAUAACUGUGUGCCUUAGAAACCAUAGGUAAAAAUUUCAUUUUAUUUAGUGAAUAGCUUGUUAGUCUCUGUACCUCCAAGUGGCAAAGAUUAGUAGUAGUCAUGGCUUAUUGGAUAUCUUAAAAAAUGCAUCUCACUAAAGAGUUGUCUAAAAAAAAGGUAACAGUUUAGAGAUGUUUAGUAUAAAUGCAAAAGUUCUAUUAAUUAUAUAAAGUACAAAUAAUGUACUUGUGCAAAAAGUCCAAUAAUUUAUUCUGGGAAGAAAAGCUUAGUUCACCUUUUUGAAACUUCUCUUUUAAAUUAUCUGUUCUAGUCCAAACAAAUAUCUCAAAAUCUGCUACUUUUCUGAACUAUUUUGGGCAAUAAAUGCUGUUUUCAACACAGACCUUAUUACUACUCAGGCUUUAGCCAACAGUUUUAUAGAACAUUUACUAUGAUACCCUAAAGAUGAAAAAUAGGCUUUGGAAUUUUCAAAGUAUGCACAAUUCCCAGCAAACAAAUUAUUGUUCUUCCUCCUGAUUGAUUGUGGCUGAGGUUGACUCUCCUCAAAAUAACAAGGCCUAUUUAGAACUUACAACAUGGGUAGGAAAAUAUGUAUACAUAUAGCCUUACAUAAAGUUUUUUUACCUUUGUGUUACUAGAUUUGAGAUCUAAAAUUGAUUUGCCAGCUUAAAGUUUAAAUUUCUCAUCACCUGGUAACUAUUUGCUGACCUUGGAUUUGGUUUGGAAUUUGUUUUUAAAUUACUAUUUGGAAAAUAUGAGGGUAUUUUAUGCCUGUUAAUUUUUAUAUUUAACUCUGAUAAUCUAGGGGGAUUGAUAUGAAUAUUAAAAGAGGUAAGCGUUCACACCUCCGCUUUUAUUUUAGUGGCCUGCCUCUAUGAAGAGUACAAUCAGUAUGUUCUAACGUAAGUUAAUAAAGACGGGGAAUUCUUUUUGUGUGUAUUAGAAUCAUCAACUGUUUAGAUUUGGCCCACAGUUCUUAAGGAGAGCUCUAACAAUUUAACUGCCACAAAGCAGAUUUUCCUCGUAUGUAUAUUGUCAGUAUAGUACAGUUAGGUUUAAAGAAAGAGCAGUCUACAAAAUGGUUACUGUAUGUUCAUAAAGUAAGACAACUAGGUCACAAUUGACCCACUCUACCUCUGCUUGGGUUUUGAAAACUCAGUUUGAUUUUAUACUUCCUUGGGUUUGAAGAAUCAAUACAGAUAUCCUGAGUAAAGCCCAAGAUUAAAAACUACCCUUGUGGUAUAUGUGUCGGACUAUGGAAAGAUUUUCUUCAGUUAUCUUCAGUAUUGGACUUUUGAAUCUAUAAAAAGCCUAAGAAAGACUCAGAUUUCUACACAUAGUUUUAAGUCAACUUGAAAAUUUUGAAAUAGUCUUAAUAGAUUGAGAGAAUUGGCUCCUUUUUUCGGGUAAUCUCUGCAUCUGUCCUCAAAGUAGAUACUCAUAUUGUAGGGAAGUGAUAAAUAAACAAAACUCUCGGUGGGGAGGCUUCAAAUUUGGUGUCGCCCCCCCCCCAUGUCUUUUUGGUCACAUUUGGUUUAAUAUGUAGAUGUGCAAAAACUUGGGCCUCCUUAUUACUCAAAUUUAAGAGAAUUGCAUUUGGGCUGGUGGACUGUUCUUGACCUCUUAGGCAGUCUAACAAAGAUGUAUAGGGAACUGAUAUGAAGAAACUGUCCAGAGAAAGAAAUCUUGAAGAGCUGAAGUCUAUUUAAGAAGCUUGGCACCAAAAGGAUUGACUUCUUUGGCCCACCACCCAGGGCUGUGUGUUAGGGGGUAGCUGAAAGAGCUCCAAGUCUGUCUUGCUAUAUUUUACCCAGCUAAUACUCGGGAAAUCUGGCAAGUACAACACUUUACAUAGACUAUGGAAUGAUUGGUGUCCUGGCUAGUUUUAUGUUGACUUGACACAAGCUAGAGUCUUCAGAGAGGAGGAACCUCAGUUGAGAAAAUGCCUCCAUGAGAUCGGCUGUAGGCCAGCCUGUAGAGCAUUUUCUUAAUUAGUGAUUGAUGGAAGGGCUCAACCCUUUGUGAUGGAGCCACCCCUGGGCUGGUGGUAUUGGGUUCUAUAAGAAAGCAGGUUGAGCAAGCCAGUUUGCAGCACCCCUCCAUGGCCUCUGCAUCAGCUCUGCCUCCAGGCUCCUGUCCUGCUUGAGUUCCUGUCCUGAUUUCCUUCAGUGACUAACAGUGCUAUGAACAUGUUGGCCAAAUAAGCAUUUUCCUUUUCAAGUUGCUGUGAUCAUGGUGUUUCAUCAGAGCCAUAGUAGCCCUGACUAAGACAAUUGGGGUUUCAGUUAAGGGAUCUUCAGGACUUCGUUUGCUGUGGGCUGUUUUGCCAUAGCGUAAUAGCAGGGUGCAUGGUUAAAUACUCCUUUUUGUUAAAACAACUGAAUAAAAAUGUUCAAAUCUUCCACUAAA